CAAGCGUACAUUUUUUAAAACAACACAAUGUCGUUUGCAAAACGCGCUCAAAAUCAAUUCAUUUUAAUUUUGUUUCUGUUCAGACGCAACCCGUUCGAAAAUGUCUACGGUUUUUAAAUUGGAAUGAAAUUAAAAAAAAAAAAAUUUGUUGCCAAGACGUGUGGAUAUUUUAAUUACUUAUUUUCUGACAUUUCGGCUUUUUAAAUAGAAGAAAAUGACGUUUCACAGGAAUAUUCCAGUAGACUACAAUGUUUUUUAUUUCUCGUUUCAUUUCAUUUAUUUUGCUAAAUGAAAAAAUGAUUUAAUUUAUUCUUCAUUCCCCAACUUUUUUCUAAAUUGUCCAUAAAUACAUGCAAACAAUUUGGACUCAGCAUUUCCGACGAGGAAAUCAUUAGUCAAGCCGAUCGAUGUUAAAUAAAAACAUAUGCUUAUUUAAGCAGUUUUUUUUUCUUCUUCGCUGUAUGUGUAUGUGCGGUGCUAAUGUGUGAAGAAGAGAAAAAAAUUCUUUAGAAACGAAGACACAGUAAAAUAACAACACAAGCCAACCACACAUGCUUCAAUGAAUAUGUGUUUUACAACUGUUGUUUAUCUGAAAAGGAUGCUUGGGCCGAUUUUAUCGUCUCAUUUCCAUCUUCAGUAUAUUUUAUUCAUUCAGAAUUUCAAAUUGCGAUAAAAUUAUUCUUGACCGAUAAACUGAGUUAGUUACUACAUUCGGUCCGACUAACAAAAACCGAAAUAAUCAUUUGCAAGUCAUUUGAAGCGUACUAUUUGCUGCAUAUUGUGAUCAGCCACGAAAGAUUGAAGAUCGAAUUUUGUGACGCGCUUGAAGAAAGAAAAUCAGUAAAAACAUGCAGACAAGACGCUGGAAUAAACGCCAUCUAAGCAUAUUAGGCAUUGGCUUAUUAGUUGUUUACUUCAUUUUUUCGGCUAGCCGUAAUACAUACGAAUCGGAUGUCAUCAUCCGAAAUACAAAACCCGAAUUGGUUUGGGAAUAUGUGGCUGAUUUUCACAAGAUGCACCUACUUAAUCCAACCAUAUUGGGUUUCAAGAUCACAAAAGAUGAAGGCAACUUCAACCACUGGAAGUAUUCCGUGGAAUACACGGAAAAACUUUCACAUUGGCCAUACUGGAUAAAUGUGGCUGAGGCAGAGUUUGAAGUGAAAAAAUUGCAUCAAGACGAACGUGGACAAUAUUCGGUUUCAUCUGAUCAUCGAACAUGCUUCUUUGGUGGUUUAUACUGCUUGUAUUCAACGGGUGAAUUCCUCUUCGCGGGCAUGGGUGCCGAUACUUACGUCAUUGAAAUGGUUAGCUAUCAGUGUCCACCAUUAUUCGGUCCAGUUUGCCGGCGUGAAGUGGAGUUUCAGCGCAAAGCAAUCAUGCGAAAUUUAUCGGCUCAUUUCAACAAGAAUUAACAACAACAAAACACAGAGAAAAAACCAUGUACUUCAAUAUAAAAAAAAGUCAUAAAUAUAUUUCCAUUUACAAAAAUACUUGGUUUU